CUCUGGCUGUUCCAAAAUUGCUCCCUUACGUAAGGGCUGCGCGGUGCCCUCCUGGCGCUGGGGCUGCAGCUGUCGGGACCUGGGAUUGCUGCCGGUGUGGGGAUGUUGGCAAUGCGUGACACAGCCUGCGGCUGUCCGGGGAGAAGGACCGGCAAGAUCAGGGCUUCUCAGCUGGAGCACCAUCUGGGGAAAGCUGGGAGAGACUCAGGGUUUGUGGCAUAGUAUGGAUUUAACAUCAUCACAGCAUAAUCUUCUACAAAAUCAUUGGAUCAGAGAAUUUGAAAGACAAGAAGGGGAAAAAGAAGAUGAGGAAAUAGUUGCAGAAAUCAUGGGGAGGCGUUUUUUUCCUGAUGUUAUAGCUUACAAGGCCUGGGAAGGCUUUCACUUUGCUGGCCACGAGAUAAGAAUUACAGAAGCCACUGAUUGUUACGGGGCAGUCGUCUGGCCAUCGGCUCUUGUUCUGUGUUAUUUUUUGGAAACUAAUUCUAAACAAUGCAAUUUGGUUGACAAAAAUGUGAUUGAAAUUGGAGCUGGAACUGGCUUGGUCUCCAUAGUAGCCAGUUUGCUGGGUGCCUUUGUGACUGCCACAGAUUUGCCAGAACUACUGGGAAACCUUCAGCACAACGUUCUCCAAAAUACAAAGCAGAAAUGCAAGCACCAGCCUUGUGUAAAGGAGUUGUCUUGGGGAAUUGAUCUGGAAAAGAACUUUCCUAGGUCUUCCUGUCACUUUGACUACAUUAUGGCUGCUGAUGUAGUUUACUACCAUCCAUUCCUGGAUGAGCUCCUCCUAACUUUUGAUCACUUGUGCAAGGAUGAUACUGUUAUUCUGUGGGCCAUGAAAUUUAGGUUGGAGAACGAAAACCAAUUUGUGAACAGAUUUCAGACAUUGUUUGACUUAGAGAUGAUUUCUAAUUUUCCCAGUUUGAACAUAGCCUUGUAUAAAGCAAUGAGGAAAGGCAGGAUGAAAGCCAAACUGAAGGUCUGAAAGACAGAUAUGGGGAAGUGACAGUUUCACCUGUUCUGCAGCUUUUUGUCUCUUUAAUAAUUUCCAUUUUAGUAGCUGCUGACACUUACAUGAAUGACAUUUCUAGAGAUAGGUAAAACAAAUCAUCAAAUUCCUAGUGCAUUCCUAUAAAUUCCUAAAUUCAAUUUGCCAAUACUGUAAUACACAGAAGAGAUAUAUCUGUGACAUUUUCUUGACUUUUAUGUCCUCAGCUGACAACUCUAAUAACUUUUACAAGACUUACCAUUACUGUUAUGGGUCAAAUAAUGAAUAUUUCCACAAGUUUUCAAUUACAGCUUUGAACAGUCUUUUAUAAGUCUGAACAAUUAUUUAAAACUUUAGACUAUAAGUCUUUGUAUUUAAAUGUUUUGAUGUUAAAACUGAUAUUUCUCCAUUCUCAUUAUCAUGUUAAUCCUUCCUUUGAAUACUCUUAAUAGGACAUUAAAUUAGAUGAAAAAAACCUCAUCACCUGGAAAAUACACUUUUGUAAUAAAUGGAUAGAGUGUAUUAGUUACUCUUAAUGUAAUGAUUAUGCUUUCAUUUUUUAUUUAAAUUUAGGGAUUCUUCAACACACAGCCAUGCACAUGGGCAAGAGGGAGUUAAAUGUUUUGUUGCUUGAACAAAGGCUUUGUUUUAGAAGUGUACAACAUAUCAGCAGCUGUCCUUUACAAAGGCUUUUCGUGCUUGUUCUGGAGGCCAGCUCCUCCAAAAAUAGACAGUUAUCUGAACCUGAGGGAACAACAAUGGGAAAAGGACAGUGGCCAUCAAGAGAGGAGCUUUGCACUGCUGGCUGCUGGUGGCUGGAGGCAGAAAAUGAAACCAGCCUGAGGCAUGGACAGGCUUAGACAUUUGUUUGUUUUUUUAGUAUGGGCAAACAAAAUACUUUUCUCCUAGCCACUCAGUAUUGUGUGAUCCUGUUUUCAGUGGCCUAUCCAAGAGUUUUCUUUUGGAGAGAUUAAUAAAAUCAUUCUUUCCACACACCAUAUUUUCCAAUUCUGUUUGUAGUUGAUUUUGAGGCUUUCAAGUCUCUUUCAGGCUAGAGAAGAGAGCUUUAUCACCUCUACUGUAGCAGACAACUGCCCUGGUAAUGUGGAGCUCUGGGCACUGUCAGCAUUUAUCUUUUAACUCCUGUUUGUAUUCUCUCAGGAUGUUUUUUAGUUUUUAUUGUUGGCUUCCUGAACAUCCUAUUGUUUUUAUCUUUGAUUUUGGUAGAUGCAUGUUGCUUGUUUACUCUGGCACACACCUGGGGCAGAACUGUGGUAAAUGUGAUUUGGAAUGGACUUUUUGUCCCAGCUGAACAUUGGUGCCUGCUUUUAAAGGUGAAGUGUUGCAGAGAGGAGAAGCUGAUCUGCCAAACUUUUCCAGUGGGAACUGGAUAUUCCAGGGCAUCCUUGGUGAAACACAAAGGGUGACCCUAAGAUAAAACUAAAGCAAUCAGUACCAUGCCUUAGCCCAGAAGCAAAAUGAAAAGAAAGGACGUAAAAUCUAUUUUUUACCUCUCCUGCUGAGAAAUCACGAUUUUGGAUUGGAGGUUAUAAGAGAAAAAUCUAAUCCUCAUUGGUAAAUAUCCUGUGGUAAAGUUUGUAGAUAGAUGUAGAAUCCUUUAUUGGAUCAAUCAGUAUAGCUAGAAAAUUAGACUCUAUACCAGCUGACUGGGAGUGUUACCCCACCUCAUAGAUGUUACUAUGCAUAUGUCCUUAGAUAAUUAUGGCUGCAGAAUGGAAAUAUCUGGAAUUUCUUUUUUGGAUAUAUUGUGUAAUAGAAACAGUUUAGUGUAAGUGAAUAAAGAAACAAACAGGGAUCUUUGCCAUUGCUUGAUUUCCUCUCCCUGCUUCCUGUCUCUUACCUUCUUUCAAUCAUCAUAUCUACUGCAAUUGUAACCAUAAUCCUUGUAUCCAAAAGGGCAUCUCAGUCUACAAAUGUUUAAUGGAUAAAUGGAUUGGCACUAUAAUUAGUGAAAUGACCUUGUGAACUCCAAAAUGAUGAAGGCUAAAGAGGAAGACUACAGGAAAGUGGUUAAGUGUGAUCAUUUUUAAAUUGCUGUCCUGCUGACUAGCCCUCCUGUUUGGGCCACAGACUGACCCCUGCUGAGCUUCUGUGAAUUCAGCAGGGGAUGUGUUUGCCAAAUGCAGUCAGGAUUCAGCACUUCAGGCCCAGCAGCUUGUCAAUGUGUACUGGAAUGUGACAUCAGCUCUCUUUCUCACAAGCCUGCCUAGCAGUGCUGUGUGAAGCUUCCUGGGAAAUCUCUAGAGCCUGGCUGCUCUGUUGUACAGCCACCUUUUGUCCUCUGGUGUGAUGGGCAGGUUAUUAGCCAUGACCAGUGGAGGGUGGGCUUGUAUUUGGCAUUUGCCUAUGGAGUUUAUUUCUGCUCUUUGAGAAGAAGUCUCACAUAAAUGUCAAGUAUUACUGACCCCUAAAGUCAGUCAUAAUUUUAAUAACCACUUAUUCUUUUUUCUAAUAGCUCAGAUAGAGGAUCAAAAUUGUCAUUCAGUGCAUUAUACUGCUAAUACAGAUGGCAUUUGUAGCUGUAGUUCCUGAAAGGCAGGGGGCAGGAAGGCCAGUUAAUUUGUGGGUGAAAGAGAUCCACUUUUAAAGAAUGCCAGAGAAUCCGCUGGUAGGCUUUUACAGUCUCUUAGAGGGAGUUGUGCUAAUCAAACUAAUUUAAGAGAUAAAUUUGGAUGUAUAGCAUAAGUUCAAUCUGUUCCUUGGGCUUUAUGUUUUAUUUCAACCCAAGAGCAGCAGUAUAUUAAGUAACUUGAUGGUAUUUACUAAAUUUUCCACAAACAUUAUGUUUUUCAAUGCUAAUGUUAUCAGGAGCUCUUCUUUUUGUCUUAAGUGUAUGUGGAAUUAUUUGAGUGAUUUACUUUGCUGCUUAUUUUACAUUUUCAUCAAGGUUUUUAAAAAGAUCUUUGCCUUUUCCCUCUCGGAAUUAAAGAAACGAACAUUUUCAACAUUGUAGUUUCCAUAUGGGCAUGUUGUGGUUUUGUCUCUCUUUUGCUGAAUUUCAGUUUUGCAGCUCUGAGUGAUUUGGUUUUGUUUGCAUUAUUACACCCACCCACUUGGGCUUUUACCUCUUACAACAAUGGUAAGAAAAAGCUGUAGCUGCUGAAAAUGUAGGAAAAAAAAUUUAAAUGACAGUACAGAUCUACUGUGCAAACCUCCUUUUAAUUUAGAAGCUGUAAUGGAGUCCCAGCCUAGGAAAUACAACUGCUAAAAAUACCCAAAAACUACUCCAGGCCCAAAUGGCAAAUGAAUGAUGAACAAUUUAUGUUGGCCAUUAUACAAGCACUAGUCAGGGCUAGGUGGGCAGAAAAGACCAAAGAAUGCCACGUGUGCCCUCCUGAAUGGAUCUUUAUUGUCACAUUGAGCAUAUCAGCACAGUCAGUCAUCUGAAGAAAUAGUGCAUUUACCAAACAACCCAGGACCUUGAAACCUAU